AUCGAACCCUCAUUCCUCCCGCACGACCCGGUUUUCUCCUUUCACAACAAAACUCGAUCAUCUGCUCAAAAUCAUCCACACAUAAUCGUGCAAAAUAUUUUCUAGCAAAAACCGUUCCCCACAAUUAGUUAAUUACUGGUUAUACCAAAACUACUUCACACAUGGAUUCGGUACCCCAACACGUGGAAAAGUUGUCCCAACAACUCAACAUUUUGAAGGAAUACAUCGAGCUGAAAUUUGGGUCGGAUUUCAAAGAAUUUGAAAAGCAUAAACUCCUCCACCUCAUAAAAACAGAAGCCGUCGUGACGGAGGAUGCUGUCACAACGGACGAUCAUUCUCCAUCCCCGACAAACACCACCACAGGGGACGAGAGGGGGACCAAUCUGACCUCGGAACGGGAGGGGAACAUCGUCAAUGCAGGCGUGAAAGUCGAAAGUCUGGACCACGACGACCCCCCAAUUUCCACGGCCCCCGUCCAGGUCAAGAUGGAGCCGCCUGAUUUCCCCCACACAACGACACCUUCGCGGCCAAGGGUGUCCAAAAAUGGAAAAGUUGAAAGCAUCCGAUACGGCGGACCGGUGACUUCACACCGCAACAUUCCACCCGCCGGACUCCUUCCUCCCUUCCCGCGCGGCACGCCGUCAGGGUACAGACGCAAAAGGCCGGUCAACCCAUCCGACUAUGCUUUGCCCCCGUGCGACUACUGCCCCCUCGGUUGGCGGAGCGCGGUCCACUACAAAGUCGCCCACCGCGACAUGUGCGCCUUUUCCGUGGGGCCGGAUGGGUCCGAGGUUUUGCGCGGGUAUCGCUGUCCGCGAGCAAAUUGCGACCGAGAAGGCAGACUGCUUGGAAGCAUUUAUGCGGUCGGGAAGCAUAUGAACGGUGACUGCACAAGGACACGGAACCAGCAAAUUAGUUAUGCAAAUCAUCAAUAUUAUAAACUGGAAAUGUCUGUCCACAACGGAAGCAAAAGCAAUUUGAACACUUUCGUUUCCGCUGCGGGACGUUUACUUUUGCCUCCCUUCCCAACAGAUAUUUCCAAUUAAUAAUAUAGAUACACUAAAAAGAAUUAAAUUCGGUGGAAUUAUGCAGUCUGAAUUCCAGUAGCAUGAAAAUUAAAUAACCUCUCGCCCCUCGGGAGACGGGCUUAUACGCUAGUAAAUAAAUAAAAUAAAUAUUAUUGAUAUUCUUAAA